AGAGAACAAGCCUCACACACACAAAUACACAUUCACAUCGGCUACCCAGUUGUACUUUUUGGAAUAGUGGAUUACUUUUCAAACUGACGCAUUCAUCGAGCACAUCCAGGCAUGAUCAGGUGGCAGCGUGUCGGAGCGGAGUUGAACUGUGAAAUGAACCAUGGAGGGGUCCGGGAGGCCAGUCACUAGCCGAGCCAACAGCCGCACAACCACUACCAACAGCAGCAGCAGCAGGAGAAGCAGCAGCCCGGGGAGGCCCCGCAGCAUGCAGCUGGGCCCCCAAUAGCACCAAGUGGACCCGGUCCUCUCCUCUUCACCUGGGGCCAGGGCUGCAGAAUGCUCAGUCCUGUCACCCCAUACAGUCUGUUGAAGAUGCACUGGUCCCCGGAGCACGCUGCCCCCUUAUCUCAGUGGCCUGAGCAGCACCUAGAUGUCACCUCGACCACCUCACCGCCGUCGGCUCACAAACACGACCCCUACACUACAGCUGCUCGCCGCAGCUAUGCCCCUGCAGGUUACCCUUGGGCCAGUGAUGAUAUAUCGGCCCUUACUGCGUCUUCUCUGCUCAAACGCUAUGCUGAGAAGUACUCAGGCUUGGAGCUGUCCUAUGAACGCCCUCCGACAGCCGCUUACUCAGAGCCUGGAACUUUUCUGAAAACUGAGUCUGAGCCGUGGGCUCUGGGUCAGGGCAUGGAGUGUUACCCUGGACUGGAGGCAUUAACUGGCACCAAGGUCGGCUCUGCAUCCGUGGGCAUCCCGGCCACAGGAAGUGUGACAGUGGUGAGCAGUAACUUGGCCUCUGAGGCAGGCUACAGUGGCGCUGGCUCCUGCAAUGCCCCGUCAUCUCAGGAAUAUCCUCCUUCCUACAACAGCACCUACCUGUCCUCAGGAUACUGCCCUCAGCCCAGCGCAGCACUUCCCCCUGCCCCGCUACACUCUUUGCAGGCUGCACCCACUUUAGUGCCCAGCUACAGCGCCAGCACACCUGUCUACAAUUACCCUCCAGGGUGCUACCCCCAAACCAGCCUGUCCUCUGGAUACAGCCACCCCAGUGCCUCCUACCUUCCUCCUGGGAUCAGUGCACCCACUCCUCUGGCCCCCAGGGCCACCAUGGUGGGGGGCAGUUACAGUUACCCCUCUCACAGCCUUGGAGGGAGCUCCGAGGGAGGGGUGCCACUGAAACGUAAGGCCUUUGAGAUGUCAGAGGAGGGACAGGAGGGAGCGGAGGUGGAGGGCUCACGCUACAGAAAGUAUGGCAACGGCCAUGGAAACAGUCAUAGCAAAGGGCACGGCAACGGGCACGGCAAUGGCUACGAUAUGAGCGGCUCGGCCUCAGACCCACAGGCCUACAAACCUGGAAAGCCCAUGAUGUCACCCCCUUAUGGCGGGGCAGGGGACUACAGCCCACCGUCAGGCCUAGCAGGAGAGAGCGUGUCCGGGGAGCACAACUUUUCUCAGCAACAGAGAAUGUCUAUGAAGAUACCUGCAUCGCACACACGAUCCGAGGACCCCACUGCAGGGCACUGACAACACUGGUCAGCAUUUAAGAGGAUUCUCUUGCUUUUUGAAACCAACCAGGGUUCUUAAACCAGACAGACUUGGGGGGAACAAAAUUGGAUUUGCCAAUGAAAGGUUUCAUUUCACAAGCAGACACAUGAAGGCACAAGACUGGGACUUCUUGUGCAUUUUUUUACAUUUUUCAUCAUUCAUGUUUUCCCAAAGAUUCACUGGGGCCUUUUGCCCUGUAACAUUGAGGUAAGUCUUAGGGGUUAAGGUUAAGGCAUUCUCUACAUAGAUAGCGUUAAGACAGUCGUGUCUGUUUCUCUCAGGAUCCUAUUUAUUUCCAUUCUGCUACUGCGGCAGCAGCACUGCAACGUUGCUGUUUUAGAAGUUGGUGUAAUUAUUUUGUGGCCAUUAUGUAUGCAAAAGGCCUUUGACUGCAAUACGUUUUACCACAUAAAUCAUUACCGACCAAAAAGUAAGGAGAGCAAUAACUGAAAUGGUGAGGUUGCCAUACUACUUCAGCACAAUCACUGCUACUUUACACAGCUGACUCCGAGGCUCGGUUUGUCACCUGGCCUCGAGAAAUGAAUGUUUCCCUGCUCAUCCCUCGCUUUCCCCUGACCUUUACUCAUUUUUUAUUUGUUUUUCAGUUUCCUUAACCCCUUCUUGUCAUGUACUUUAUCUUAUUAUAUCCUGGUGUCCUGUUUCUUGUUCUCAACCCUUUUUCAUAGCUGAACAAGUUUUUAUUUUUGUCCAGUUUAUACAGAAGCUGCUUUUCGAAUGAUAACAUAGUAUCCAUGAAGCCGCCCUCUAAAUUUUUUUGAUGUGAAGAACGAGUGGGGAAAUAAGAUUUUGUGUUCAUUUAAAAAAUGUAUUUAGCAUCCACACAAUGACAGCAUAAGUAUAUGCAGAUCGUCUUCAAAGCGUGUUGUUUACUUGCAGAUCUCUGCUGACCAUAAAACAAACAGGUAUAUUUUCAAAAGAAUCUGCAAAUAGCAGUGCAACUUACACCUUUAACAUUCAAACUUUAACAGGAAACAAUCACUAUACAAAUCUCUAAAACAACCAUGCUUAAGUUUGCAUACUGCAAAAAUUCACUCAGAGCAAACAGUUUGAAGGUGUUUAAGCUUGACUGUUAUUCUGUUUGGAUGCACUGCGCUGACUGAGAGGCAUGUGGGUCUCAUUGGAGGACAAAUGCAUCUGAGUGCCUCUAACAACUGCUCAACAUUACAUUCUUUAUGAAGACCUACCUGCUUGUCUGCAAUAGGAUUUGCUUUUUUUAUAUAUAUAUGCAUUCUCUUUACUUUUGCCUCUCAAAAGGAUGAUUUAUAGUCGUGUUAUUGAAUACUCAGGAAGAUUAUUGUUACCUCAGAAUGAUAAAAUAAGAAUGUAUGUUAUUACCUUAGGGUGUUUGUAGGGAGCUUUAUGGAGCGAGAAGAAAACGGAGCCAUGGCUUUUAUUAAGAGAGAAACAUACUCUGAACACUUCAGGGAAACAAUGAACUUACAAGGCCUUUGAUACUAAGUAGAAGAUGCACAUACACACACAUGCAUGCACACACAAACACACACAGACACACACACCAUCCACAUGGCUUGGUAGCUCUGGGAAAAUUAAACUUGAGGUUUUUGUACCAAGGCCUGAAAUGUUGAAUGUAAUUCAGAUAUUUUUUUUAAAAAGGACAAUACAUGCCAUAAUGUACAUCAAUGAUGUUUUUAGAUAUAUGAAACAUAUUUUCUUCAUGUAUAGAUGUAAUUCUCUUAUAGGUUUUGGUGGAGAAAUGAAUGACAUGUUAAGUGUUAGUGUAGUUAGCAGUGGGGAAAACGGUUUUUGUGGACAAACUGUCAAAACAAAGCACUCCUGAUAAACAACUUUCUACAUAUCAAGACGUACACAUGCUACAGUUUAUGCUCUAUAAUAGUUUAAUAAUGUCUUAAUAACAUGUCCAAUUUCCAUUUUCCCAUAUCAGUAUUUUAAAACUGUUGACACAGCGUCACCACUCAAUCAGCUCAUUCUGAGCUCUAACAUGAACUGACGCUAUGAAGAAGGGAGAAGUUAAACAUUUACCAAGUACGUGCACUGUCAGAAAAUAUGUACAGUUACAAGUGUAAACCUUAAGUUUUUCGCCAAGUUGUAGCUUUGUUGCUCGGCUAUGUGAUCCCUUCAUAAGUUGUGCCAUACUGACAUUUUAAUAAAGUUAAACAAAGUCGAUCUCUUGCCUAAAAGCAUGCCCAUACAGUGAAUCCCCUUUAAUAGUAAGAUUUAGGCUGAAAUGCAGCUUCAGAUUUAGUCGGGAAUUAAAUGUGAUUAAAAAGUAUUUUAAUUUGGAAAUAUAAACGUAUUCAUAAAAUUGAGCGUACUCAGAAUGUGGUUGAGUGUGGAAAAAACCUCACGCAAAGAUUUAGCUUCAAAAUAUGCUGGAGGGGAAAAAAAACAAAUUAAUAAAAAGGUGUUUUGCAAAUAAUAAUAAUGUAUUGUUACCCCCUGAUUUUAAAAGUAUUUAAGCGCUUAGCUACAACAAUUAAAUGCUCUUCAAUGCCACACAAAGGAUGUGCUUGAUAUAAACCUACACACUGAACAGCAGUGUUUGCUGUUUUUUUGGUGUCACUGAUUCAUUGAAGUAAAUGAGAGUUAAAUUUGUCCAACUGAUGGAAAAUGGCAUUUCAGUGUUAUCUCUGCAAUUCAGUUGUACUUUUGUUGUAUCUUGUACAUUCUCUGUAACCAUUUCUACCUCAUUUUGAAGACAUUGUACAUGGAAAUAUUUAUUUCAUGUCAUUUCACAUGCCAGUUAAAGGAGCAUCGUUUCUAAUUCUUGACCUGUUAUAGUCUACCUCACUAAAGACUGUUGUGUCAUGGAAAUGAAGA